UAGUAGCCAAUCAAUUUUUAUAUAGAAAUGAAUUAAUGUGAUAAUUUUAUAUUUUAUUUUUACAGGAAUUUUGGGAAGCCAAAAUGCGGCACAAUCAGAUGUAUUGUGAGACACCACCUACUGUCACUGUUCAUGUUAAAUCAGGUUCAAAUAGAUCACAUCAAACUAGAAAACCCAUUAAUCUGAAGCGUCCUAUUUUUAAAGAUAGUUGGCAAACAUCUGAAAAAAAUGCACAUAAUAACAAAUCUAAACGCCCCAAAGGACCUUGUCUAAUUAUACAGCGUCAGGAAAUGACUGCUUUCUUUAAAUUAUUUGAUGAUGAUUUAAUUCAAGAUUUCUUGUGGAUGGACUGCUGCUGUAAAAUUGCAGACAAGUAUCUUUUGGCUAUGACCUUUGUUUAUUUCAAGAGAGCUAAAUUUACUAUAAAUGAGCACACCAGGAUAAAUUUCUUUAUUGCUCUGUAUCUGGCUAACACGGUUGAAGAAGAUGAAGAAGAAGCCAAGUAUGAAAUUUUUCCAUGGGCUUUAGGGAAAAACUGGAGAAAAUUGUUCCCUAAUUUCUUAAAGUUAAGGGACCAGCUUUGGGAUAGAAUUGACUAUAGGGCUAUUGUAAGCAGACGAUGCUGUGAAGAGGUCAUGGCCAUUGCACCAACCCAUUAUAUCUGGCAACGAGAACGCUCUGAGCAUCAUAGUGGAGCUGUCAGAAAUUACAACAGAGAUGAAGUUCAUCUGCCCCGGGGACCUAGUGCUACACCAGUAGAUUGUUCACUGUGUGGUAAAAAAGGAAGAUAUGUGAGAUUGGGACUAUCUUCAUCAUCUUCAUCCAGUGAUACACUAGAGCUAAUGGAAAAGCAUUCUCAGGAAUCACACAAUUCAUAAUCAAUGGACAUAAUAGGUGAUCCUUCUCAAGUUAAUAGAUAUUCUCAAGGUAUGAUUUAAUGGCAAAAUAGAAUUAGAUUAAUGCAUAUUUAUUUAGUUCUAGUCAGACCUUACAGGCAGGAACAUAAAUUAUAUAACAGUGAGUUAAAUUAGUAUUGAAAAUUUUCUCCCUUUCAGUCACUAUUUUUGUCCUGUAUCCAUAUGUACUUUGUGGCAGCCUACAUACACUAAAGGACUUUACAUGACAUAUUAAACGGCAACUUGUUA